UUUGAGGCUGGAAAGAACAGAGCCAGCGGUGUGGGAGAGGCUGCAGGAUGCACACAUCCACAGCGCACAGCAGCACGCAUGCCAACGCACUCUCCGUGCGACUGGCGCAGGGCACCGCCGCGGCCCAAAAGCGUGGAAAUGUCCGGCAGGGCGCGGCACUUUGCUUUGUGGCGGCACUUUGCUUUGUGGCGGUCCAUUCCCGGCUGGGAUGAAUUUCACCACACAAACAGCUCCAUUCCCAGCUGUUUAUAUAUCUUCCUCUUCUGGUGCUCUGGCUCUUCUGCU